ACAAUGAAGCUGCUGCACAUCCUCUGCGCUCUCCUGACCAACUGUGCCCUGAUCUGGGCUGCCAGUGAGGAAGUGGGAGUGGGAGUGGGGGCGGGAGCGGAAGAGGAGCCGAAGGGAUCCGCCUCGAGUGAACAUGGACGGGACUCGAGGCUCCCAAAGGAGAAUCAGCAUAAUCCGCACAAUCCGCACAGUCCGCACAAUCAGCAUAGUCCCGGAUUCAAGCUGAUUUCCUUCGACGCUGUGGGCAAGAACAUUGCCUUGGGACUGGACUACCUGGUGCCCUUCCUGGAGGUGCCCGUCAAGCGGAAGCGCAAUGCACCACCAAAGCCCCUGGUCAUCAUCAAUUCCGCGGCCGUGCUCAGCUGCGGACUCGUGGCAGCCGGGGGACUCCUCGUUGGACACCUGAUCCGCAGCAUGGGUCUGGAGGCCAUCACCGAGGAUGAGCCCCCCUCGAGUGGGAGGCCAAAGUCUUCGGAGGAGGAAGCACCGGCCACAUCCGAGGCGGGGCACAAUGCCACGGCUCGCGGUCUCUUGGACAAGGACCGGAGCUUCCUCGAGUUGUUCGAGAAUUUCAAGCUCGUUUACCGCAACGAAACAGGCGAGCGAGUGGAAAGCACCCUUCCGAGUGUGAUCAGCACAGUGGAGCGAACGUACUUCAAGAACGAGGUCGAUCUCUCCGCCUGCCUGCUCAAGUCCCUCUGUACGCUGACCUUCAAGGCGAGCGACAGGGUGCGGAGGCGCCAGGCCUCCGACAUCGACCACGUGCUGGAUGCGGCCACCAACUGGACCUGGCUCCUCACCUGGCUGGAGCAGUCCACACUUCGCGAGGCCAUUGAGGCCGGCAGGGAUCCCAGACCAUCUCACUGCGCCUCCAAGUAUCCUUACUGCAGAUGGGCGGCACCGGAGGAGCGAAUCCUGCAACUGCUGCAAAGCAACGUGAUGUUCAAGUGAUCCAAAGGGGAUCCAAUGGUGUUUCAGGCGUGGGAGAUGAAAUGAUCCAAAGUCAGAUGUGAGCUAAGGGAAUGAUCCGAUCGUAUCGGAGAUCCGUUCACUAAUUACACCCAAAUAAAUACUCGUGAAU